CCGCUUCAACGUUGUGCAUUAGGCCGGCCCUGACGUGAACGUAAGUGGAGGACUGGCUGGACCGUUUCAUUGGUCGGUUCAAGCAGGUACAUAUAACGAGGCUUGCAAGGAAGGAUUAUGAAGGCAAGUCCAUAAUGCUCGAGAUCGUAGCCAUUCGAGAAAUGCGCGCGCAAAGGUAGAAGCCGCAGACGACACACCGGCACCGUUUGCCACGAGUCGGACUGAAAGUGCAUAAGAAAAAGGAAGGAGACGAAACAGGAACACGGGAUAGAGGGAGAAGGAAGAGGAGAGAGACAGGAGCAUUCGAACAUCCAAGUGGGAGAAAGAUACGGGACGAGGAGAGGAGAGCAACAGCGUAAAGCGAGCAGCGCGCGCUGUGGUGUGUGUCGGUCGGUCGGUCGGUCGUCGCCGCCAUGCUAGUGAUGCUGGAUCCGAGCGUACUGACGGAUUUAGAGGAACUGACGCUUUGCAGUUAUUGCAAGCAGAAGUAUAACGAGUCGGAACAAUGCCCGAAAUAUCUUAGUUGCAAACAUUACUUUUGCCUACGUUGCAUAGAGAACAAUUUGUUAAAGGGACGCGAGUUGUUUUGCGCGCAUUGUUGGAAGAGGACCGAGUUGGGCGAUCAAGGACCGGACGCUCUACCGACGCAUUCUUCUCUCCUUGCUUUAACGAACAAUUUGUCCCACUUGAAAAUUACGAUGAACAACACGUCUGGGAAGAGCAACGAUAAGGAGAGAAAGAGCGAAAAUUGUCACACGCACGGAAUGCCUUUGGCAUUAUGGUGUGCGACGUGUUGCACGGCGCUAUGUAGAGCAUGCGCGACGCCGCAGGAACACCCAGGUCACCAGAUUAAAUCGCAAACCGAUGCCAAAGAACAACUCAUAUCCGAUGUUCAGUUGGAGUUAGUCGCUAUGGGAAAGUUAUCAACGGAGAUUCAAAGGCUGGCUAUGCAACAACGAGAGUUCUUAAUAAAAGUGUUGGAGGCGUGUGUUACGUUGAAGACUCACGUCGAGACUGAUCUUCAGAACGGUUGGAGUCACUUUCCUGAGAUAACGGACGCGCGUGAAACGCUUGGAAAAGCGAAAGCUAGUCUACAGAUGAUCGACAAUCCCGGGGACGUGUACAGUUUGCAUUCGCAGUUGAUGAUCGAGAAGCAAAGAUUGCAAUCGAAGCAUCAAGAGAUGAUGUUACAAUGCCAACUGGAUGAUUUGAUAGGCAACUCGGGUGUGGUGUUCGAUUUCGCGUUGUUGAAACAAGCAUUGGCAGGAAUUCACACGGGGGAACCGAUAGUUUCCCAAGGAGCGAGCAACGGCGGUCGAUUACCGAAUCAUUUGGCGGCCUCGCAAAAUCCAAUACUGUUCCUCGCUAAUUAUUGCAUGUCGCAGCUAUACUCGAGGCAUGUAGUCAGCAAGCAACACAUGCAAAACGGUUCUAUAGAGUAUCAUUCGAGCAUGAUGCAGCCGCAGGCAGCUCCGCCGGGUUCGGUUCACGUGCACCAGGGUCCACCAUCAUCGGGAAACCCACAGCAGCUUCUCAUUCCUCCUGGUUCGCCGUCCGUUAAACCCGUACCGCCCGCACCGCCGAACGCGAUCUUACAUCCGCAACAGCAAUCGACCUUCAUACCGGAAGGUGUUGGCACCGGUGGCGGAGGUUUGGUAACCGUCCACUCGUCCUCUCAACCACCGUCCAGCGGAAUAGCAGCGUCCCUCCGAGGGCCGACGAACCCUUAUCCACUGUAUUAUUUUAAUAUCGAAGUUAACGGAUCCCCGCACGGUCGCAUCGUGAUAGAAGUGAGGCCGGACGCAGCGCCGAAAAUGGCCAAGAAUUUUAGCGUCCUGGCUACCGGUGAAGUUGGAGUCGGUUACAAGGGUUGCACGAUCUUUCAGUGCUGGGAGGGUGAAUCGGUGAUCACUGGUGAUUUCGAACUGAACAACGGUCGCGGAGGGAGAAGCAUAUUCGAGGACGGUUAUUUUAUGCCAGACGACACCAAGUUUCCUGCGGUCAGGGGUGCUGUCGGUAUGCGAAGAACCCAGAAGCGCCACGAUAAUCUCGGUAUGGUCGGUUCGCAGUUUCGUAUAAUACUGCAAGAGAUGAGGGGUUUCACGGGGAUCUUUGGCCACGUCGUCGAGGGUUUAGAAUUAGUCGAGAAGAUAUCUACGUUCGGCGAUCAAACCGGGAAACCUACGAAAAAUAUUCUAAUCACGAAAUGCGGUAAGUUGUAACGAUAAUGCUGUUGCGGCUAAAGUAUACCGAAACGUUAUUAACGUUACUGGUCCGUGUAUACUUUAACGUUCUCCCGCUGUUAGAUAACGAUAAAUAUUUUAACCAGUCACCACGGUAUCUCCGGACGCGUGUUUAAAUAAGGGAUGCGCGCGGGUAGACAAAUAUAUCGAGUACCCUAUGUUUCGGGUACCUGCGCGUCCUUGAUGUUUAAUUAAAUUGUAAUCAGUUGUACGACGAUAAUCGCUGUUGUUAUCGAGUUCUAGAGGAGAUACCGUCGUGACCCCGUAGGGCUCCAUCAAUGCUCUCCAUACGAAUCGACAGAAUUUAAUUAACUAUUAACCAACAGAAUUCUAAAGAUGUUGAAUCUAUUUUUAAAAAAGAAAAGUGGGCACAUAAGAGAAGAAUGAAGAAAUAAAGAUCCAUAUUUUCCUACUGAUUGAGAAUCAGUAAGAUUCUGUAUCUACAAUAAUUAACGAUGAUCGAUAAAUACGUACCUCAGAUCGAUCGUGAUAUCGAUACGACUUCUAGCUGUACGAUAUAUUUGUUUUAGAAAAAAAAAAGGUUCGAUGUUUAUUUUCGCUAUUGGCGUAUUGCUACGUAUAUAUAUAUACAUAAUAUAUAUAUAUAUAUGUAUAGUUGAUAGAGGGAUUCGCACGGGAUUUAAGAGAAACGGCGUCGCCCUGUGAGCGCUGCUAAUGUUUUAGAUUAAUAGAUAUAGUGAGAAAAAAAAGCAUUAAAAAAUGCGCGUAGAUUGAGGAAUAACGUACGGAAGAUAAUGUGGGGGGGAGGGGGGCAAACUCGUGAGUACGCGUAUAUACACGUAUAUACACGUUCAUUAUAUUUGUAAAAAGAAGAUGACAAAAAGAAAAAAAGAUUCACAGAGAACUCGUACAAGCGGGAACUUAUUUUUUUUUGUUGUUUGUUUUAUAAACCUCUAAAUGCGUGACUUCGCGAAAAGUCAAAAAAAUAUCGUGAUUCCAUAAUACGCAGGUCGUUUAGAACGUAAAACCCGAAAGAAUUUCGUCGAUGCGUAAGGGCCAAUUCUAUUUCGUCCGGUUAAACGGUCCCCGUUUUAAACGAAUAUUGCAAAAAGGAGCUAAAAGGGAAUCGGUAGAUGUGCGACGCGACGAAUAACGAGUCAAGGAAAAUAAAAUUGCGGUUCCUAUCGAACGACUCGACGGAUACUUCUUCCCUUUUCGCUCUUUCCCGGUCUAGUAUACCGUCGUAAAUGAACUGUAUUUAAGAUUUAGAUCUCAACAUGAAAAUGUAUACAAGGCCUAACUACUGCUAAGUAGAUUUUUAAGCCUCGUCGUCUGAUUGGAAAGAAAAAAAAAAAAAAAAAAAAACAGAAAAAAACGAACGAAUACAUAUUAAAACGAAUCAUUCCUCGAUUACUGUAAUAUCGAUAAUACUACGAUAAUGUAAUAUCGUUAAUGCUAUUCGUCUGAGUCCUUGUAAAUCCCAUCGUUAUGUAUCAUAUUGCUAUGUGCUCGUAUGUGCGGAAAGAAAAGGAAGAAAAUUGAAAACGCGUCGAAGAAAAAAAAAAAAAGAAGAAUAAUUAAUAAUAAAGUGUUCUGUAAGUCGGAGCGUAUAAACAAAGCGCACUCACGUCACGUACCGUAGGAAAAUUGCACGCCCUCGACGUCGCGGAUGCCUUUUUCGAAGAAAGCCUCAUUCGAUGUUGAACUUGAAAGUUUUAACACUUGUUAAUUAGCUAAUAUCGCGUGUGUUGCAAUGGGGAAUGGUAUUGCAACUAAAUUUAAUCGCCGUUAGAACGUAACGCUGCGUAAUAAAAAAAAAAUUGUACGUAUGACGAUCGAAGGGUGGUCGAGCUCGAAUGAAUUUCUCUCGUUUCGGUCGUACGUUGAAACAAUCGAAAAAAACAGUCUAUACUUUCAUGUGUGUGUGUGUGUAUGUGUGUGUGGGGGUGCGUCUGUCGGAUGUAUGUAAUGUGCGCAUAUACGUAUAUAAAAAUUUACCGAAGCGAGCGAAGCUAGAAGCCCACCUGUAUACAUAAAAUAUCCACGCGCGCGCGUAUUAUAUAUAUAUAUAUAACUACAUAUAUUUUUAUGAACGUGAUGAGGUAACAACGCAUAGCUUGUAAUAUUGAUUCUAACAACCGACGGUUUACCUUGCCCCUCGCGUUCGAGUUACAACGGUUGAGCGGCUAUAAUUUUCGAUAAGUUUUUCUCGUAUCAUUUCUUUCUCCCCCGACUCUUUUUUUUGUUUUCUUUUCCUUUUUUUUCUAUUCCUCGUUCACCAAUUUUAAGUUAAGGGUGUAAUCAUUCAUUAUGUACGGAAAAUUGAGAUCGUUUCUUGUUUACGGCCUACGGAAGCGAACAUAUCCGUAGUGCAUUUGCAUAAACAGUUUUAUUUUUUCAUUAUACACAUGUACGAAAUGAAGUUCGUUGCCCAAUUAAAAUGUAAUCUAUCGAU